UCACCUUCUCAACGCAAGCUGCCUUGUAGUUGAGCGCUUUACCGUUUCGCGUUUUGGUUUGUUCCUUUGGCAAAGAUUGCAAAAAAGAUCCGAGGGUAUUAUUUUUUUUCUGUCAAGAUAUCACUGGUUGUUUGGAGUGCUGUUGCUCUGGCAAUCACUACCAAAGAAGAUAGAUAGAUAUUGGGUAGCAUCAUCCCUUCGGUAUCCCCAGAACAAAGAGCUCUUGGUGAUAGACUUGCUUGGCGGAACAUUCAAAAGAACACUCUGAGCAGAAAAUCGACCUUUCGUGUUCUGCAAAACCCUAGUAUACCCCCCUUCUAUUCAUUCAUUUCCAAGUGAUAAGACUCCAUCAAGAUGGGAAAAGACGCGCAGCCUUACGUGUACAUUCGAGAUGAGGAACAUGCUUGGGUUCCGGCCCGCCAGCUGAGUAACGAUGGGAAAAAGGCGACGGUAGCCGUGCAAAAGUACAAGAGUGAAGAUGAGAUGAUGGCCAACGCUUCCUCGACAUCUGGAACCAAAGUGGAACAGAAAACCAUCGACCUCAAGACGUAUCCUGGAGGCAAUUUGCCCAUGCAGAAUGUGGACGAUGGAGGAAAACUUGGAAAUCACGAAGAUAUGGUCAAUCUUCCCUAUCUGCAUGAGGCCGCCAUUUUGUACAACAUCAAAAUCCGUCACAACAAGGCCCUCCCGUACACCCGUACAGGAGACUUGGUAGUGGCCGUCAAUCCGUAUCAGUGGAUUGAAUCCCUCUACACCAUGGAGAAGCGCAAGCUCUACGCAAAGAAACUUGUUUGGGAAAAUUCAGAGACAGACCCCCGAGAACACUUGGCCCCUCACGUCUACGAAACAUCGGCUCUGUGCUACAAGGGCAUGGCCUUUGACGGAAUCAACCAGUCCAUUUUGGUGUCUGGAGAAUCUGGAGCUGGAAAAACCGAGACGGUCAAGAUUUGUAUGAAUCAUAUCGCCAGUGUGCAGGAAGGUCCCAGUUCCGCCAUGGCGGAGAUGUCGCCCGUCGUCAAACGUAUCCUCGACUCCAAUCCCCUCCUAGAAGCCUUUGGAAAUGCCAAAACCCGCCGUAAUGAUAACUCCAGUCGAUUCGGAAAAUAUCUCCAGCUUCAAUUUGAUGGUGCCGGAGGUGUGGGCCGAUCGGUGGCCAACCUGGCAGGAUCCAAGGCCGAGGUCUUUUUGCUUGAGAAAAACCGUGUCUGCAAGCAUGAUGAUUGGGAGAGAACCUAUCACAUUUUCUACCAGCUCGUCGCCGCGCCCGAUAGCGACAAGGCGGGAAUCUGGGAUAGCCUCAAAGGAACCAAUAACGAUUCCUUCAAGUACGUCGGCAAGUGCGAGCCCAUGAAGUUUGAUGGCAUGACUGAUGCCGAGCACUACCUGAACACUACCAAAGUCCUCAAGUUUGUGGGUCUAUCGGACUCCGAUGUCAAAAAGUUCUACAAUGCCAUUUGUGUUGUACUUCAGCUUGGAAACGUCACGUUUGGUGCUGCCGGUGGCGACGCGGACAAAUCUGCUGUCACUUCCGCCGGUGAGCUCUCCAAACUGGCUUCGCUCAUGGGACUCGCAGAACCCGAAAUUACACUGGCUCUCACGGAAAGGACCAUGAAAACCAGGGAUGAAUGCUACAAGGUACCUCUCGGCCCCGCUGUCGCCAAGGAUAGUGCGGAUGCUCUCGCCAAGGAGGUGUAUGGAAAGAUCUUUCUCUGGGUCGUCAAAGCCAUCAACGUAAGGACGUCUGCCGAAGCGAAUUACCCAGGAGAUGCCCCAGGAAAGAAGUAUGGAAUCAUUGGUCUCCUGGAUAUUUUCGGAUUUGAGUCCUUUGGCGUGAACCGCUUUGAACAGCUUUGCAUUAACUACGCCAACGAGAAGCUACAGCAGAAGUUUACGGAAGACAUCUUCAAGGCCGUCAUGGAUGAGUACAAGUAUGAAGGCAUUCCGUUGCAGGAUAUCAAGUUCGACGACAACACCGAUGUGCUCGACCUUGUGGAGAGUCGAACAGGUCUCUGUGCUCUCUUGAACGAAGAAUGUGUGCGUCCCAAAGGAAGCGGCGAAGGCUUUGUGAACAAGGUUUUGGCCGCCCACAAGAAGUCGCCAUGCUUGGUGCCACACAAGACCGACCGCCUCAGCUUUGGUGUGGUCCAUUAUGCUGGCCUAGUUUACUAUGAGGCGUCAGGGUUCGUGGAGUCUAACAAGGACACACUGCCCACAGAUCUUGAGGAUGCCGCUACCAAGUGCUCCAACUCCAUCAUUGCGGAUGCCUUCACUUUCGAGAAAUACGCGGCUGCUGCUGGCGGCACGAAGGGAAAACCCAAGCGACAGAAAUCCAACCUUAUGGCGCCUACAGUGUGGACCAAGUACAAGACCCAGUUGUCGAGUUUGAUGACCAGCUUGUAUGCCACACAGUCUAAAUACAUCCGUUGCAUCAAACCCAACACUGUCAAGAAGCCGCUCAUUAUGGAGCACAAGACAUCUGUGGAGCAACUUCGCUAUGCUGGUAUUGUGGCUGGUGUGACUAUUUCGAGAUCCGCCUUCCCAAAUCGUCUGGCCAACUCUGUGGUGUUCUCUCGCUACAACAGUAUGUGGGACAAGGAUAAGUACCCGUCCAAGAAAUCCGGGGGCAUGUCCAUGCCAGAAUUGGUCAAAGCGGAUUGCGAAGCCGUCAUGGAGUGUGCACUCAAGGAGAAGGAAACGAAAAACAAAGAUGGCAAGAUGAUCAAGGCGUUUGUUUGUGGAAAGACGAAGACGUACUUUCGCUCAGGAGCGUUGGAGUUUCUCGAGUCUCAGCGCGUCACUGGUCUCGACUCCCAAGCAAUCACCGUCCAAAAGGCCGUUCGAGGUUGGCUUGUCCGCAAGUACCAGGUCAACACGGGUAAGAUCAAACAGGAGCAGGCCGAAAGGGAACGCCUCGAGGAGUUGGAGCGACAGGAAAGGUUGAAGCGAGAGAAAGCAGAGCGCGAUGCUAAGUUCAAAGAAGCGCAGAGUGGUUUCGAUAAAGAGAUGAAAGAUCUCCAACGUAAAAUUGCGAAUGAGGAAGAGAGCGGACAGAGGCAGAUUGCGGAUGCGGAGGAAAAUGCUGCGAAGAUGCAGCAGGAGGUGGAUGAAUUGGCCGCGAGAGUCAAGGACGCCGAGGCCGGAAACUUGUCCUUGCAGCAGGAGAAGGAUCGUUUGCAGCUCAGGUUGGAUACAAACAUGAAGACCAUUGAUGGACUUCGCAAGGAGAACAAGAAGCUCAAGAAGUCUCUCGAGAAGGUUGAAAAGCAGACUGGCGAUUUGAACAGCAACAACAAAAAGCUCACGAAGCAGUGCGACAAGAACGCUGAGCUCUUCAACGAUACGGAGGGUGAACUACAAUACGCAGACAAUGUGAACGGUCGGCUGCUUGAUACAUUGGAGGACACCAAGGAAAACAAUCUCAAAAACAAAGACGAGGUCGCACACCGUCAAUUGCGGUACAUGGCAGUUGCAGAGUCUCGAUUGGAGCUCCAGAAGACAAUGGCGUAUAUCCUGAAUACGAUUGGCGACAAGUUGACCGACAAGAAAUUGCACGAAGAGGUUUUCACCACGGCUCAUGCAGCGGAAGCUCAGGCGAAAGUGCACAUGGAUGCGCUCAAUGCCACGUACGGUGGGUAAGGACGCUGUGUGUGCGAACAACGGUGUGCUGUAUGGAACAACAAUGUAAGGUUUGGCUUGGAGUCUGUUGUUAGCGUUUUCUGGUUUCCUGGUUUUCCCCUUCGUAGAUUGGAAAGGAAACAGCGUACAGAUUAGGAUAGGAAAAUAACUUGUAAAUGUCACUUGUUUCCGUUUUGCCAACGCGUGAGCCGGGGAAGGAGAUUCUAGUUGAUUUGCAUGUAAUCAGUGCCAUCAGCAACCGCGGCGUUGAUCCUCCAGCUAUGCCAUGCGGCUGUCAGUGGAAGCACCCGUUUUAUUGUACGGCAACACCAUGGUACAUGUCGUCAGCAGUUGCUAUUGUGGAGUUCGAAGCAUUGUGUGGCAAAGGAUCUCUGGGAGAGUCUGUGUGGCUUCUGAAUAUCCCGACUCCAGAGCAGUACCAUUGCCUUGACCGCGGUCCCUUUGAAAGUUUUUUCUUCUGCCUAGCCAGAGGAAGGCCAAGUCCGAGUGGAAUUGGAUUCCCCUGUGCAACGGCUUUGUGGACGACUUGGCACGCUUUGGACAAGCAAACUACACAUAUAACACAAAUGGCAAAUGUAAGAGCCAAAAUCUUGCAAGUCUAUGGUGUAUGAUUGGUGAACAACAAUCCUUGCUUGCGCUACUAGCUAGAUGUGCGUCGUUUUUGAUUCUCGCAACGGUCCAGCAACAGCAUGAUUGAAUUGGAUCAUUCAAAGAUUCACAGGUUUGGGAUACCCUGACACCAUGUCCUUCUCCCUACAAACCUGUGGAAACUGAGCCACACACAUACACAACAGGCGCAGAUCAUCCUACACCAGGUCAUCCCCAAGAAAGGACCUUUCACCCCCCCUUAGAGCCCAGCUGUGGUGUUGCCUGCCUUGAGAGCUGUGAGAGCUACAAUGGCACUGAUUCCUAGUGCACUGAUGGCAACAGAGCUUUUCAGAGUCCCACCAGUUCUUUCAAAAGGGUUAAACCCAGUGCCUUGAACAUAAGGAGGCACAUCAAUGUCUUUGGAGUUUUGUUCCAAGGGUAGUUUGCCCUCCCUUCUCAUCUUGGCCAGCUUCUCAAAUGCAUCCCUAUCUCUGAUGUAGGCAUUGUAAAUUGCUGCUGUCCUCUGUUCAGGAGGAAGCCCCUCUACUAACUGAUUGAUGAUUUGAUCGUAGAUUGAUAAAUAGGAAUUUUCCUUGCUGGGACUUGCUGGGUCAUCUUGAGCUUGUAAUGUUGCAUCAGCUAGAUCUGCACUGCCAUCCAGCACGUGGGCAAGGUCAGGUGCUAGUGUCCUUUGCCCCUCAGGCAAUUUCUCUGCUGCCUGGCGUGUGUCAUCUGUGUUGGCAGGUGGAGUAUCAAAUUGCCCGUUCACAAGGCCAGAUGCCUUUGCUAGAGUACCUUCCUUCAACAUUCUCACUGGUGGAGGCUUCAUACCAGCAGGGCCCUUCCAUUUCGCAUAAUUCCUGUAGAGUGCUGGGCCAGUGCCCGCACCUCUGGGCACAGAACCAGAAGAUGCAACAGAGUCAUCCUUUUGAAUGACAGAUCCCUUCUCCUCUUGUGUAACAUCCUCUGGUGCAUGACUACCUUCACUAAUCUUCACCAAGUCUUUAAAUCCCUCACUCAGUUCCGUCAAACUAGCAAGGCGACGAGCUAAACCCUGUGUCAAUGUAUCAGACAUUUCUUUCAAAGCAUCUGAAACUGGCUUGGAAUACUUUCUUGGUGUUGGCCUUGUCUGCUUGACGGGCGUCUCUUGCAGAUCACGAUUUGCUGAUAGAGAAGAAGAAUAUUUGGUUGAUUCACUGAGCCAAGUUGAUGUGCCAGGAACAAAUUCAGCAGUGGUCUCAGCCUUGGACUCGUCAAAAGUGCCACCAUUCAUAUCAAACUCAGUAGUUGGAACUUCACUUGAAUCCAGAAUGGAAUCUGCCCCAUCAUGAGCUGUCAAAGCAAACUCGCUAGUUUCUCUGCCACCUCCGCUGCGGUCAGAUAGCUCCGAUCUGCUCCGUGGAGGUGUGACAGAGGCCACUUGCUCCAGCAUGGGAGCAUUGCUGUCAAGGAAGGCCUCAGUUGGCACUGUAUCAUUGUCAGCAUCUGAUGGUCCAUCUGAUGUAGCUGCUUCACUGGAUACAACACCAGAGCCUGUACCACUGCCACCAAAGAGUCCCAAGAAGUCACAAUUGUCAGAUGCCAGCUUCUUGAAACCAUCGCUGAGUGUCUGGAGCUCAUCAAGAAUGGAGUCAUCGUUUUCAACCAUAGAAGCAGACAAGAUACCAAUUGCCUUCGUACUUUCUUCUGCCAGAGAAACUGCUUGCUCAAGAGAAUGAGAAUCCACAUCCAUGUACGGGUUAACAGUGACAACAGGUGGCAAAUCCAGGCUGAAGUCAGCUUCUGGAUCACUUGAAUUGGGAACUGAUAUGAUAUCAAGAUUCAUGUCAGCAACAUCAGCAUGAUCACCUGCAUCCCCAGAGUCUUGUGCAGAAUCUCCAGCUUUAGCAAAACUAGACCAGAAAUUAUUCUCAUCUGAAGCCAGAUUCUUCAGAGAAAAGCUGAGACUCUGCAGUUCCUCCAAAGUCUUGGCAUCAUUGCUCACCAUUGCAUCAGUCACUCUAUCCAGUGCACGAGAACUUUCUUCUGCCAGGCUGUGUGCUUUAUCUUGUACAUGUUGCCAGCUCAGAUCACCAGAUAAACCCAGGUCAUGAUCUGGUUUAUCUACCACUUCCUCAAAAGCAACUUCUGCGGCCCCAUCUGCUAGUACAUCCAUUACUGGUUCCUCACUGCCUUGUGGACUUGAAAUGAAGGCAGAGGUGCUGGCCGGCUCAACAAAUCCGGAUGGCACAAAGGCGGCCUGCAAGUAUGGCUCAUCAGGUGGUGGUGAGAUUGGUUCAGGCAUAGCUUCUCCAAGUUGCUGAGGAGGAUUUGCUGCUGGUUUAUCCUGCGACAACAAAUCAUACUCAGCAGAGGACAGCCUCCUGAAGGAGUCACUUAGUG